AAAAAAAAAAAAAAAAAAAAAAAACCGGCACAUGAUGGCAUCUCUACAUAACCCGCCUUCUCAGCCAACCACUUCCGACCAAGUAAUGGCAGACAGUGACACGAUUACAUCUGCAUGGAGCCUCGCCCGAGACGAGCAACAGCCACCGCAACAGCGACCUCAGCGAGAUAAACAGCCAAAGACACCCAAGCGAGUUUGUACAGCAUGUCGCCGUCGCAAAGUCGGCUGUGAUAAGAAGCAGCCGUGCCAGAACUGCAAAAAGGCGGGCAAUGAUUGCGUCUACCCUCCGAGUAAUGAUGCCAAUGCGCACCAGAUGAUCCGCGACGAGCGAUUACUUGAGCAGCUCAACCGCUUAGAGCCAAUGUUCAAAACGUUAGCCAGCUACGCCGAUCGGGGCAUGUUGCCUGCUGUAGUAGGUUCAAUGCUACCAGAGGCUGCCAACAACAAUCAUUGCUCGCCAACUCCUCCCACUCCUCAACAUUCAGCCGGCUCUGGUAGCGCAAGAGAUCGGCCGGUAUAUCGCCCUGUAGGCACCCAGCAGACUGCAACACAACAGACUCCAAGUCCUCUGGGUCAGCACUCACAACCACAAGGUUCCGAAUUGACCGGCGGCGAGGGACAGUCUAAGUCUAGCAAGGGCAAAGGGACCCCAGGUUCGGCUUGGUCGUCGCUGGGGACAUCCACCGGUAAGCUGGUCAAGGACGACGGUCGACAUCGAUACGUGAGCGGGACGUUUUGGGAGUCUCUGCAUAAUGAGGGUGAUAUGAACGGGAUGACAACAGGUGAUAAUGAGGACGAAGACGACGACGACGACGACGACGACGACGACGAGUGCGACGAUGAUCCGCCACGACCCAGCCUCGGCUCGCUACAAUACGCCCUCAUCUUCAACAACAACUUCCAGCAAAGAGCAUCAGAUUCUAUCCAUCCACCCCAUUCGCACAGACUUCAGGCUUGGAAGCUAUUCAAAGAAAACGUACACCCUCUUGCUACCAUUUUGCACGUACCUUCAGUGGAACCUUUAGUCCUCCAGGCGAUGCAGAACACACAGAACCUUGCGCCUCGUAUCGAGGGUCUCUUGUUCGUUAUAUAUUUUGGUGCCGUCAACAGCCUUAGCCCAGAUGACUGCGAAUUACAGUUCGGGUCACCGCAAUCUGCUCUGCUGGUAGGGUUCAGGCGGGGCGUAGACAGUGCUCUCGUGCGCUCAAGGAUGAUGGAGACGGACGACAUGCUCAUACUGCAGACGUUCGUCGUUUACUUAGUGAUCUUGCGAUCGGUCGACCCUACAUACUCUUGGAACAUGACCGGUCUAGCCGUUCGACUCGCCCAGGCUCUUGGAAUGCACCGUGACGGAAGGCUUCUGAACCUCAGCCCGUUUGAUGCCGAAAUGCGGCGCCGGCUUUGGUGGGGUAUAUGUAUUCUGGAUACUCCCGCUUCAGAGGAAUAUUCGGGCUCGACUGGUGUCUUAGAGCUCAGUAGCUUCGAUUCCAGGCCCCCUCUCAACGUCAACGAUUCCGAUCUGCAUCCAGAUAUGACGGAUGAUCCAGCCGAGUCUCAAGACUUGACGGACAUGUCCUUCACUGUUGCUCGAUGCUGGGCCUCAAAUGUCUGGCGAACCAUGAUUGAUACGCGCAGAGCCGAUCCAGAUAGCGAAAAAAGCUUCCAGUUGAUGACAUUGGCAGAGAGGCAGAGCUGGGUCGACAGAAAGUCGCAGGAGAUUAGUGGCCGAUUUUCUGGUGACACAAACUCGAGGAAGUCGCUUCACCUAUUGUUGAGUUCCUUCACCGGUACCAUCAUCAAAAAUCUUCGCUUCUUAGCUCUUAACCCACUCGAGCCUGGAUCCCAAUUAGACGAUGACCAAAGAAAACGAGUCCUACAGGAUGCAAUCGAAUGUAUGACACAUUCAUACCGACUACGUACUGAUUCUCUCGUAGCACACUGGUCGUGGUUGACAAAAGGUUACCAUGAGUGGCAUGCAUUCGCUAUCAUAUUAUCAGAGCUAUCCAACCGACCGUUGGUCAGAGAUGCCACCAAGGCAUGGCAGGUGAUAGAACAAAGUGCUGUACUGCGCUGGGAUUCAUCAACGCGACACCGAAAGGUGCAUCAGUGGCGGUCGGUAAUGAGAGGUAUUGACAAGGCUAGAAGACGCCGGAAGAAAGAGUUGGGGCGUCGUAAAUCUGCCAAUACGACCCCGUCUUCAACCCUUCCACUUGAAACGGGCCCAGCAAUACAGCAAGGGCUGUCGGACCAUCCACAGGCACAUCAGAGUGACUUCCCUUCACUGGAAAAUGCCUUGAAUCACGAGUUUCAAGUAUCCAUGAGCCAAGCGGAUGAAUUUAUGGGAUCUCUGUUAAGCCCUGUUGAUCAGUGCAAUUUCAGUGGUGACGAUGGGCAACUGUAUUAUCUUUGACAAAAGCCAAGCUACGAUAGAGUAGAUCAAACUUUAAACGCAUCAAAAAAGACUGCAGCAGACAUCUUGACUAUAUAAUAACCCCGUGUACUGAGUUCUGAUGCCGGUUCAACCCGCUAGAUCCGAGGCUUCGGACUACGUCGGUCUGGUGCUCGGGCUCGUUAAGAGACUGACGGGUUUCUGAUGGACACGUCGGGUACAGAUAGAACGGUACGUCAAGGUCAGCGGCCGCCCCGAAGACAGGUCAGAAUCGGAGGUCAACGUAGUUAGUACAAUCAAUAUGGGCUCUGCCAGUGCUCCGACUAACCCGAGUCCCGGACACAGCGCCGAAGUUUGGUAGUUGUCGCGUCGGGCUCGCACACUGGAAAGAUAGCAAACCCGGCCAGACGAACUGGACAGAGUUAUACCAAUCUAGCCAGCUC